CGAAAUCGGAGGUCUCAAGGUUGGCAAGCAUGGUCCAUGCUCUUGCUCUGAGUGUAGACAAACUCCAAAAACGUGGAAAAGUAUCCAGGCUGCAUGAUGGAAAGAGGGAUGUUCUUAAAGCAACCGGUGGAGGUUCACCUGGUGCGCCUGGAAAACCUGCACGUCUCCUUGGUGUGAUGUCAAUGACGAAACCUUGCCAGGGUCCACCUGGACGAGCAGGCUUUCCGGGUGACAAAGGAAGUAUGGGGAUUCCAGGACGAAUGGGCUUUAAAGGACAAGCAGGGGAGAAGGGAUCCCCAGGAGAACCUGGUCUAUCUAUCAUUGGACCGAGAGGACCUCCUGGCCAACCAGGAACAAGAGGAUUUCCAGGGUUUCCAGGCCCAAUUGGUUUGGAUGGCAAACAUGGACAGAAUGGCCCUAAGGGUGACAUGGGUCAGCGUGGUCCUAAAGGACUCCCCGGGGAACUGGGACCUCAAGGAGAAAAGGGUGUCUGUGGUGACUACACACAUCGGAAGCGACGUAUUGUACAGCCCUGUGUUGGACAUUUGGCCACAGUUAAGAAUGGACCUUCAGUCUCAAGCUUCCUAACUGCCUUCCUAACUGCUUGCCAUGCAUCUCAGCUAACCUUACGCUGUGCACCCCCCCGGCUGCAGGAUUUGCAGUGUAAUCAGGGUGAGCCAGGAGCGCAGGGCCCCCCUGGACCUCCUGGGCUUCCAGGUAACCCAGGUCUGAAUGGAGCCAGUGGCCCGCCAGGUAAGCCAGGAGAACCAGGAAAACCAGGAAAAGACCCAAGGCUUUUAACAGGAUUAAAGGGUGAGCCAGGUACGCCGGGGCAGAAGGGUGAUCGAGGAGAUAUUGGCCCCUCAGGUGCUGAAGGCCCAAAGGGUGGCCAAGGAAACAAGGGAGAUAAGGGAGAGUCGAGUAUUUCAGCACUUGGAAUUAAAGGAGAACCAGGAUUACCAGGACUACCAGGCCAAAUAGGCCCUAAGGGUGAAGCAGGCCCUGGAGGCCCAGCUGGACCAAGAGGCCCUCCAGGUCCAACUGGUGAGCCGGGAAAGGCUGAAAUCCACAAUAAUGAAAAUGAUAUUCGCAACAUACCACUGAUGGGCCCACCUGGACUACCUGGACCUCCAGGGACACCUGGGCUCAACGGGGCAAAGGGUGAAGUUGGCCUUCCAGGUCCUUCAGGCCUUGAUGGGGAAAAAGGGCCGAGGGGAAAGCCUGGAGAACCUGGUCCUCCAGGCCUAUCUGGUCCUGAAGGUCCCAGAGGAGAGGGUGGUGUCAUGGGGUUCCCAGGACCCAAGGGAGACAAGGGAGACAUGGGUCCCUCUGGAUCACCGGGUUUAGAUGGCCCUACUGGUGAAAAGGGGGCUACAGGGUCCCUUGGCCCUAUUGGAUUACCUGGCACAAUGGGUAUGAAGGGUGAAUCCGGAGAAGGAGGAAGGUCAGAGAUGCUUCAUGGUCCUCCAGGUCCCCCAGGACCAGUCGGCCCAGCAGGAUCACAGGGACAUUCAGGGCCAAAGGGAGAGCCAGGCAUCGGCUUUAGAGGAGAAAAGGGAGCGACAGGUCAGAAGGGUGACAAAGGAGACAGAGGCCAUCUUGGACUGCCUGGGGCACAUGGGUUAGACGGCAGACCCGGUCCAGUGGGUCUGAUAGGACCAGCAGGUGUACCAGGACCAGCAGGACCAAAGGGAGAGGGAGGUGAGAAAGGAGACAAAGGAUUACCAGGACCAAUUGGCUCGCAAGGCAUCCCUGGUUUAACAGGACCACAAGGAGUCAAAGGCAACCGGGGAGAGAGGGGCAAGAAAGGCAACAGGGGGGCCAAAGGGGAUAAGGGAGACCAAGGAGCACCUGGAUUAGAUGCCCCAUGUCCGUUGGGAGAAGACGGCCUGCCUGUACCUGGCUGUUGGAACAAAUGAUAACUUUGGAAUGGCUUGUGUAAUUGUACAUAGUAUAUUUAUUUUUGUACUUUUCCCCUGUUAUAACACACCACAGUCAAAAGAGCUUAAAAACUUACCACACAUGUUUUGUACUAUUUUUUUUAAUAAGGAGAUGUAUUUGACAUGUAUAUCUGUGCAUCACUUUUUUAACAUGUUUGGCAGAGGAAGAAUUAAUUAUUAGCAGUUACAUAUGCAUGAUAUUUGUGCAUACUGUGAUGCUUUUUAACUUAUUGUACUGUUCUGUUGGACUGGACCAUGCUGCACUGAGUUGAGGCUGGAAAGAUUCUUAAAGGCAUUGAAAAAAAGUCUUAGUUGAACUCUCCUCUUUAAAGUACAGUAUUAAACAUUAUGUGUACUGUAUACCAGUUUAAAUGUUAUUCCAUGUUCACACGGUGCUGGAAAGCUCGCCUAAGUCUGCGCAUUGAUUUAAAUUUGUUUGCUGUUGUCGUGGGCUCAUAUUGUGCUAAUGAACUCUUUAUUUUAUUGUAUUUGUUUUUUUUCAAUUUAGUGCUGUCACAGUGUUUUUAUAGUAAUUUUUCCCCAUGGAAAAUUAUAGCUCUGGCAAUUUAGAACAAUACAGAACAGCCUGGAUCUGUUUCAAACUGAUCACGCAAUACGUUUAAUACCACUAAAACAGUGGAACAGUAUACGCCCCUUGGACUGGCUGACUCCCGUCAACAUAAGUGGCUGUUGACAAACGGUUGAACACUUAAGCAAAACCAAAUCUAGCCAUUGCUGGCUCAUUUGUCAAUGACUUUGUCCAGAGACAGAAGUAGAAUGGGCAAUAAUA